CACACACAAUUUCCAAACUACACAUCAUCCAGCUUGAACCACAAAUCUAACACCAAUUUCUUUCUCCGUUCCUAGCUAAUCCUGCAAUAUUCCUUGGAUUAUUAAUGACAAGGGUAUACCCAAAUGCAACUUCCUUCAAGGAGGUUGAUCAGCCAAAACAACCAUUGGCUAUUGAUCAUGGUGGGAACUUGGAUGGGGGGCCAGUGGUUUUGACUGUUUGGAAGAAAUCCUUGCUGUUUAAUUGCGAUGGUUUUACUGUGUUUGAUGCCGAGGGAGAUUUGGUCUUUCGGGUGGACAAUUACAUGUCCGGUGCUAAAGGAGAGAUCGUUCUUAUGGACGCGUCUGGCAAGUCUCUGCUAACCAUCCGUCGCAAGAGACUGAGUAUUGCGGAUAAUUGGUUAGUGUUCGAGGGCGAGGAAGCGGCUAAUCCCCGGUUUUCCGUGAGGAAGCAAGUGAAUUUCUUGAAUUCAAGAUCACUAGCUCAAGUGAGCUGCCUCUCUUGCUGUGACAGUGGAUCACCGUCAUCGCCCUCCUCCUCCUCUUCUCCUAAGAAGAAGUUAGUGUACGAGAUUGAAGGCUCUUACAAGCAACGGUGUUGUGUGGUGUAUGAUGACAAACGGAGGGGAGUGGCGGAGAUCAAGCGGAAGGAAGCCGUCGGAGGGCUGGUCUUCGGGUUGGAUGUGUUUCGGCUUAUAGUACACGAGCCUGGCAGCAGAAUUGAGUCGGCCGUGGCUAUGGCCCUUGUUAUCGUCCUCGAGCAGAUGUUUGGAUCUUCCUCCUACAGUCCAAGAGCCCUCCAUUGAUCAUUGUUCAGUCGUCGCUGCAGCAGAAUAUAGGACAGCAACUACAACCUUCGCUGAGUUCGAUCGAUCGAAAGGAUUCAAGAAUUGGAAUAUUGUUAAAUGCUGCAUGUGCAUUACUUUGGAUCUUUGCUUCUACAACGUUAGAUUUACAGACUAGCCUUAUGUGAUAGAUGGAAAUGGGCCAGGAACGGUUGUCCUGGCAGUUGACGGCCAUGAUUUGGCCAAAAAAUUUUGUGCGGCUCAGAUCAUAUCUUAUAACUCGAUUUUCACGCCGUGUGUGAGACUCACAAAAAUUUGUUCUAAAGUUACAUCGUAUGCAAAAAAAGUUAUACCGUGUGUAAUCAAAGUUACGCACGGUAAAAAAUA